CACACGUGGGUGCAGUGUGUCUGUUUUUGGGCUUCGGGGAUGGGGAAGUUUGGGAAGUUACGAUCUGGCUCUGCGAGUAAAGUCAAACGAUGGAAGAAGGGACACAGCAGCGACUCUAACCCCGAGGUCCGGCAGCACCGUGUCGCAGCGAGGAGCCGCUUCUUCAGCCGCCCCUCAGGAAAAAGUGAUUUGACAGUUGAUGCUCUGAAACUUCACAAUGAUCUUCAGUCAGGAUCCUUGUCCAUUCAGAAAAAGCCAGAGAUCUCCCAAGAUCACAUGGAAGAUGAGAAUGAAAUGGCAAUAACUGAGAAAUCUGGUGCCAGUUUUCUGAGUGGACUUUCUGACUGCACUAACGUUACAUUUGGCAAAGUGCAACGAUACUGGGAGUCCAACUCUGCUGCCCACAAGGAAAUCUGUGCUGUACUGGCUGCUGUAACUGAAGUGAUCCGAAAUCAGGGAGGGAAGGAGACGGAGACUGAAUAUUUUGCGGCACUUAUGACGACGCUUGAAGCGGUGGAUUCUCCGGAAUCACUAGCAGCUGUCGCUUACCUGCUUAACUUGGUUCUAAAAAGGGUUCCAGGUCCUGUGCUGAUUAAGAAGUUUUCUGACACGUCCAAGGCUUUUAUGGAUAUCAUGGCUACGUAUGCCAACAGUGGCAGCACAUCUGCUGUUCGAUGGAUUGUGUCCUGUAUUGCUGUUCUGCUCCGGAAACAAGAUCUGUCAGCUUGGAGCUACCCCUCUACUCUGCAGGUGUACCACGGCCUGCUUAGCUUCACGGUCCAUGCGAAACCUAAAAUCCGAAAAGCAGCCCAGCUUGGUGUAUGCUCCGUCUUGAAAGGCAGUGAGUUCAUGUUUGGUGAUAAUGCUCCCAGCCACCAUCCGGCUGCUCAGUCUACAGCUAAAUUUUGCAUCCAAGAAAUUGAGAAAUCUGGAGGGAGUAAAGAAGCUACUACAACCCUACACAUGCUAACGCUGCUCAAGGACUUGCUGCCUUGUUUUCCAGUCAGUGUGGUGAAAACUUGCUGUGAGACAUUGCUGAAGGUCAUGACGUUAAGCCAUGUGGUAAGCACAAGACCAAAUAGUUACCUAUCCAUUCAUUCAUGUGCAAUGCCAAGCGUUUCACGCUCUCUUCAGUUCAAGUUCAAACACCUCUGCGCUGACGCUGAGCUUAAUGCCCAGAUCAUAACAGCUCUGUAUGAUUACCUGCCCAGUGAGAAUGACCUUCAGCCUCUGUUGGCAUGGCUAACCGUCAUGGAGAAAGCUCACAUCAACUUAGCAAAGUUGCAGAGCGGGCUGUGUUUCGGUCACCUCCCCCGUCUUUUUUCAACAUCCAUGAACUGUUUCUUGUCUUCUCACCAGCAAGUUGUGUCUGCAGCUGCACAGACCUUGAAGUCUCUCCUUACAGAAUGCAUUACACCUAACAUAGCUGACACUGAAUCUGUUUCUUCAUCUCCAACAUCUGGAAUUGCUGGUCACAUCUGUAAAAUGUUUAGAGUUGUUGAAGAGGGUUUAUCGUACAAGUUCCAUUCUUCCUGGGCCUUUGUCCUGCAAGUUCUAAAGACAUUUUUUGAGGUUGCUGGAAAGAAGUGCCACCCAUUUAUGAAAAAGUGUUUGCAGUCUCUUGCUGACCUGCGGGUUUCUGCUCAUUUCCCACACACUGCAGAACUGGAUCAGGCUGUGGGUGCAGCAGUAGCAAGUAUGGGACCUGAGGUUGUCUUAAAAGCCAUUCCACUUCAGAUUGAUGGCAAAGAAGACAUCGGUGAUUUUCAGCGAAGCUGGCUUGUGCCGGUGAUCAGGGAUAACGUGAAGAACACCGAGCUUGGUUUCUUUACGAGGUACUUCCUACCUUUGGCUUCUAACAUAAAGACUCGAGCUGGUGAAUUGGCAAAUGACGGGAGAAACCUUGAAGCAAAAAUCUAUGAGACUCUUCAGUGGCAAAUCUGGACCAUGUUACCUGGGUUCUGCACUAAUCCCACAGACACAGCUGCCUCUUUUAAGGGUAUUGCACGUACAUUGGGAAUGGCAAUCAGUGACCGUCCUGACAUAAGACUCACUGUGUGCCAGGCUCUUCGAACUCUGAUUAGCAAGGGAUGCGAAGCAGAAGCUGACAAAGCUGAAGUAAGCCGCUUUUCUAAGAACUUCCUUCCAAUCCUGUUCAACUUGUACAGUCAGCAGCCAGCACCAGGAGAGGGAGCUGCUUCCAAGUUUCCAGUGUUGGACACUGUCAAGUCCUAUCUCACAAUCACUGAUGAACAGAUGGUCAGCAGUUUCUUAGACAAAGCGAGUGACAAACUGAGAGAAGCGGAGAGCUCUGAGUAUAUGAGGUUGGCAAUGCUGGAUCUGAUAAUAGCCAUGGCUCCUUAUGCAGAUGAGCCUUCUAUGACCAAGAUUUAUCAAACUAUUCUGCCUUACUUGGAGGAAAAAAAUCAUAGUUUGCAGAAGAAAGCAUACAGAGUGCUGGAAGAAAUAUGUGGGGGGGAGAGAACUCCCUGUAAAGAGUUUGUGGAUAAGAACUUAGAGGAACUGAAAACAACUCUGCUGCGUUCUUUAAAAAGUGCAUCUUCACCUGCCAAAAAGCCACGUUUGAAAUGUCUGAUCCACAUUGUGCAGCAGCUUGCGGCCCAUCAUGAAGAAUUCAUAACCGCCAUUAUUCCUGAGGUUGUAAUAUGCACCAAGGAGGUGUCUGUUGGAGCAAGAAAGAAUGCAUAUACCCUAAUUGCAGAGAUUGGACAUUAUUUUCUGCGCUUUAAUGAAGAUAAGAAAGAGGCCAUGCAGUGUUACCUUGCUGUGGUGUUUGCUGGACUGACAGGCUCAGUCACUAUGAUCAGCUGUACCGUUUUGGCACUUACAAGGCUCCUAUUUGAAUUCAAAGAUCAAAUGGGCGUGGAAGUGAUUGAGCCGCUGCUGGAAAAUGUCUGCCUUCUAUUGACCGCCAGAACACGAGAAAUUGUGAAAGCAGGGCUGGGCUUCAUUAAAGUUAUCCUCUUCAUUAUGGACAUGAAGGUCCUUUCCAAACAUCUGCAAUUAAUGGUGGAAUCAAUAGGAAAUAUAAACGGUGAUAUGAGGCGACACUUCCGGAUGAAGCUCAGAACUAUCUUCACAAAGUUAAUAAGAAAGUUUGGGUUUGAUGUGGUGAAAAACAUGCUACCUGAGGAGUACCAUAAGGUCCUGAUCAAUAUCCGUAAGGCAGAGUCCAGAACCAAAAAACAGAAGGCUCUGAAACAAGCAGCAGAUGAGGGUGAAGUUGAAGAUGACGAGGAUAUUACAAAGCCUAAGGGUGAUAGUAUCGAUGACAUCCUAGCUGAUACCGAUGAUGAAGAUAGUGAAGAAGAUGUAAAGAAAACUAAACAGCAGAAGAAGCAAGCCAAGCGGAAAAGUCACGCAUGGCUUAAGGAAGGCGAGGAAGAUGAGCCCCUGAACUUCCUGGAUUCAAAUGCAGCUCAGAGAGUCCUAGCCACAAAACCCGGCCUAAAGAACGCAAAACUAAAGCACGACUUCAAAACCUCAUCAGAUGGCCGUCUUAUUAUUCCAGAUGAUGAUGCAGAAGAAAAGAA